UUAUGCUACCUAUACUUUUAUAUCAAUCAGUACUUUGGUCGUUCUUUAUACUUACUCCCUCGAGCUUUUAUCAACAACAUCGCAUUCAAGACGAAACAUCCAUCAGUCAACAAGUCGUGCAACAAUUAAAAACACUGAAUCAAAGCAAGAGUAACAUCAUUUGCAAGGAGAACAUUCGUCAUUGCUGGGUAUUAACUAAAAAACUGUUUGUCCAUGUUCCAUCUUCAUCCCACCGCCGCCCAAAUUCCCAAGCUCGCAAAAAACCCUCUGCAAAAGACAGGUAAUAUGCGAAGCCAGAAAAAGGCGGACAAGUAUGACGUGAAAAGAAGUUAAAAAAAAAAAAAUUAUGAAAAAGAAGUUUAGAAGAAAAAGGGAGGAAAAAAAGAACCAAGGAG